AUGCCGGGCCACCUUCUCGCUCGCCCGACGCCUUUCCCCCUCUAUACCCUCAGCACCUCCCGGCUCCCUACCAACCGAGCCUUUACCGCGCCGACCUCGUCCUCGACGUCGCCUUCCUCCGCCGACGACGCCGGCCACCCGUCCCCCAACCCCGACGACCCCCACAACUUUGCCGACGUCACAUCACGUUUCUCCAAGCUCUCCGAGCGAUACAAGGGCGAGCUCAAACAGUUCCGCCAGGGUGGCAAGUCCAACCCAGACGUCAUUGGCGCCCUCCUCGUGCCCUCGCGCGACGGCGAGACGUUCCCUCUCCGCGAGCUCGCGCAGGUUGUCCCUCGUGGCGGGAGGACCAUUUCUCUGCUCGUCAAUGACAAGAGCUUCGUCAAGCCCGUCAUGAGCGCCAUCCAGGCCUCCAACAUGUUCAACCAGCAGCCUCAGCGCGACCCUGAAAAUGAGCUCGAGCUCCUUCUGAAGCUGGAGAUGGAGCGACCCGAGGAGGUGGCCAAGAGGCUAAAGGAGCUUUGCCAUCGGUGGAGGGAGCGGGUGAGGGAGGUCAAGACCAAGCGGGACAAAGUCAUCGCUGCGUGGGGCAAGGACAAUGUUGUCACCAAGGACGUCAAGCACAAGCUGUCUACUGAGCUCAUGGACUUGGUCAAGAAAGAGCUGGCGGAUAUUGACAAGGCAGAAGCGCAGGCUAUUGCUCAAUCGGGGAGGGCAAUUGGUUAG